GUUCAGUUUACAGCCUUUAGAAGCUGCGGCGGCAGCGCCGCUUCCGCCCCAGGGCUCAGGCUUCCAGUCCGGCUAGCCCGGUCCGCGGGCCAUGGAGUUCCGAGCAGCGGAUUCGGAGCAGCCGGCGCGUUCUAACCUGCCCGCCCGGUCCCAGGCUCCCAUCCCUUCCCAGCCCGUUCCCUGGAGACAGCAGCCACCCGGCUGCUGAGCGGAGCAACAGCAUGAAGGCUCGGGGUCGGCUCCUGCUCAUCAUCCUGUGUUCCUUGGGCUUCUCCGCCAUCUACAUCCUGCUGUGCUGCUGGGCCUGCCUGCCCUUCUGCCUGGCCUCCUGCCUGGACCCCCACUUCUCUGUCAACUUCCGGCCCACUGUGCCAGGGCCCCUGCACUUCAGUGGGUACAGCAGCGUGCCAGAUGGGAAGCCGCUGGUCCGAGAGCUGUGCCACAGCUGUGCUGUGGUGUCCAGCUCCGGCCAGAUGCUGGGCUCGGGCCUGGGCGCCAAGAUUGAUGGUGCCGAGUGCGUGCUGCGCAUGAACCAGGCACCCACUGUGGGCUUCGAGGUGGACGUGGGCCAGCGCAGCACCCUGCGCGUCAUCUCCCACACGAGCGUGCCGCUGCUGCUGCGGAACUACUCGCACUACUUCAAGCAGGCCCGAGACACGCUGUACGUGGUGUGGGGCCAGGGAAAGCACAUGGACCGUGCGCUUGGCGGCCGCACUUACCGCUCGCUGCUGCAGCUCACCAGGAUGUACCCAGGCCUGCAGGUGUAUACCUUCACCGAGCACAUGAUGGCCUACUGCGACCAGGUCUUCCAGGACGAGACGGGCAAGAACCGGAGGCAGUCAGGCUCCUUUCUCAGCACCGGCUGGUUCACCAUGAUUCUCGCCCUGGAGCUGUGCGAGGAGAUCGUGGUCUAUGGAAUGGUCAGCGACAGCUACUGCAGGGAAGAGAGCCACCCCUCGGUACCUUACCACUACUUUGAGAAGGGCCGGCUGGACGAAUGUCAGAUGUAUCUGGCACAUGAGCGGGCACCCCGCAGCGCCCACCGCUUUAUCACUGAGAAGGCCGUGUUCUCCCGCUGGGCCAAGAAGAGGCCCAUCGUGUUCGCCCAUCCGUCCUGGAGAACCUAGUAGUCCUAUCUCCCCACCGGCCACGACACUGUCACCAGGCCUCUGUUCCAGCUACACUCCACCAGAACAUUUAAUUUAUGAAUUCUGCCUCUUGCCACAUGCUUAGCGGACCCAAGUUCGCUUCCUGCCCUACCCAUCUCAGGCCCCCAGACCUAGGGAGAGAAGAGGGGAGCCGUGGCAACCUUUGCACCCUCAUUCCCACCCUUGCUCCCUGGAUAAUCCGAAUUUUCAUUUCGGGGUUCAUCCUAGCUCCAGGUCUGUCCAGUGGCCUUUGCCCCCGGGGCUGGCGGCCCCCAACUCACCAGCAUCAUGACUUUUGACUGUGCACCAGCCCUGGUCCUCGCUCCCCACACUCCCUCUCCACCUGCCUUUGGUGCCACACUUCCCAGGCUGGGUGCCCUGGUCAGGGCAGCCCAGAGCUUGGGGUUUACUGGGCAAAAGGGCCUUUGAACUGUGAUGGCCAGGGCCCCCUCUGGAGUGUACGGGUAAACGUGUUUUCAAGAA